AUGCUGGACCUAGAGAAGCAGUUCCUCUUCUAUGGGGCAUAUCAUCACCAUCCAGUCAACGUGGUCAUCCAUAUCACCUGCGUCCCUAUCAUAAUGAUGUGCAUGUUCCUACUGGCAGGGAGUGCAGGGCCACUGUUCUACGUACCAGAGGCCAUCAGCAUCCAACAUCUACCUGCCAACGCCGGAACAAUAGCAGCGUUCGUCUACCUGACGUUGUACAUGCUGAUGGAGCCCGUGGCCGGCGCCCUGCUAGCACCACUGCUGCUGGGCGGAACGGCAUACAUGAACUACCUCCACGCUGCCUACGGGACGACGGCGGUCUACUGGUCGUUGGCCGUCCAGGGAGUCGCCUGGAUCCUGCAGUUCGUCGGCCACGGGGUCUUUGAGGGUCGUGCACCCGCCCUGCUCGACAACCUGGUGCAGGCCUUCUUCCUCGCUCCGUUUUUUGUCUGGCUGGAGGUGCUCUUCUACAUGGGCUACCGUCCCGAGCUCAAGUCCCGCAUCGACACGGCCGUCACCAAGGAGAUUGCCAAGUUCAACAAGGAGAAGUCAGAGAAGUCCAAGUCGAAGUAA